AACACAAAUUAGGGUUCUCUCGCGAGUUCUGCACCAGGUAGCGAAAAUGGUGUCUCUGAAGCUGCAGAAGAGGCUUUCUGCAAGCGUGCUCAAAUGCGGAAGAGGAAAAGUCUGGCUUGAUCCCAAUGAAUGCAAUGAGAUCUCCAUGGCCAAUUCUCGACAAAAUAUUAGGAAGUUGGUUAAGGAUGGUUUUAUCAUUAGGAAGCCAACCAAGAUUCACUCCCGCUCACGUGCUCGCAGGAUGAAGGAAGCCAAAAGGAAGGGACGUCACUCAGGAUAUGGUAAGCGCAAGGGUACAAGAGAGGCUAGGCUUCCUACCAAAAUUCUUUGGAUGAGGAGGAUGCGUGUACUAAGACGAUUGCUUAGAAAGUACAGGGAGGCGAAGAAAAUUGACAAACACAUGUACCAUGAUAUGUACAUGAAGGUGAAGGGUAAUGUUUUCAAGAACAAGAGAGUCUUGAUGGAGAGCAUCCACAAGUCCAAGGCCGAGAAGGCAAGAGAGAAGACUUUGUCUGAUCAGUUCGAGGCAAAACGUGCAAAGAACAAGGCAAGCAGGGAAAGGAAGCUCGCUAGGCGUGAGGAGCGAUUCGCUCAAGGUCCCGGUGAAAAGCAACCAGCACCUACUGCUCCAGCUGCCGCAACACCCCAGCCUGCUCAAGCGCCAAAGAAAACCAAGAAGUGAGCAGUGGCAUACACAGAAAUUCAAAGGAAACUGGCACUGUCAUAAUCCAGUAGUCUGCUAAAAUUGCGUGAAGUGCUAACUAUCCUCGGUUUUUUUGUUGGUUUAGAUUUUGUUUUACAAGUAUGAACUUAUUUAUUGCUAACUCUAUAUUAUACCUAUUUGUUCGAUUGUGUUUUACAAAUGGUUUUAAGAUUCACAAUACUUGCAGAA